AUGAGCUCCUCCGACGGAUUCUGCUCUGCUCUCUCCUUCGCGCCCGGGGAACUGGGCCAGCUGUAUUCGGGGUCAACCUCGGCAGCUCAGCACCCCGUCAGCUCGGGUCAUUCGUCUGCGACCGUCACCCCUCUGCCAACACCCACACACGUCCCAUCCCCAGUCAAGACGAGCCACCAUGCACCAUCAAACAGUACCGGGUCCGCAGGGCCUGCCGCACCCAGCGCAUCCCAAGCUCCACCCGCCAGUCCUACGCGGUCCAACUCCGCCAGCUCAGGGACAACCCAACUGUCUACAGUACAAAGUACCGCGAUGUUCAACAACCCAACCCCAACACUCGGAUCUGUUCCGCUUGUAACAGCAACGCACUCGGCCCAGCCCUCCGCACUCCCUCUCACUACACCACCACAAACCCCCAUGUCCGCCGGUCCAACAGGCGGUGCUGCUAACACGACGACCAACAGCAGUAGUGUGUUAGGGAAACGCGAUCUCCGAACUGCCGGCGACACGGAGAGGGAAGACGGCAAAGAUGCGGAGUCGGGUGCCGCACAACAGCCGAAGAAACGCCGUGUCGCGCCGACGCUUAUCUCGACGGGCACUGGGUCCGAGUCCGCGUCAAAAGAUGACAGUCGGAAUGCGGAUGUUGGGGGGUGA